GUGCCUACCUAGACAUGAACUCAGAACUUCACGCAAGUGUACGAAGUCUCACAGCACAUGCGCAUGACUAUCACGAGAAAGUCGCAGCAGUUCAUCAAAGUCAGAAUCUGCUCCUGAACACCAUCAAAGAAUUGUUGGAAGGCCUGCAAGUAGCCCAGCGAUCUGCAUGCGAGUUAGACGACAUCGCCUGCAUCGAAAAGAUCGGCAAACUGCACAAGCGUGCCGGUCAUGCUAGUGACGUGCUAGGUACUCUCGAGGCAAGGCUUGAAAAGAUAAGAGCAGCCCUGAAGUCAGAGAGCAAGCAGAGCAAGGCUUGAGGCGCAGCCUUCAUAGGGUCCACGCGUGGGUGCAGCUCUUGCUUUCCUAAGCAUCAUCCAGCCUCACUUGAUCAGCUUCAUGCCACCCAACGGUGUACUCCGCACGCUGCGGGACCUGUGGAGACAAGCACGAACUUAUGGAGACACGGAAUUGGCACAGCUCAAGGCUUCGGCAGAGGACCUUAAGAGCCAGGUUGAUAUCCUGAGGGAGGCUCAGAAGAAGCGGCGGCAGCAGGAGGAGUUCCUGGCACUCAGGGAGCUGCGGCGCACAGUGAAUGCCCUGAAAGCAGAGAGCGAGGCACUUGAGCAGCAGAAGAGGGCGGUUGUUGCUGCCAUGGACGAGGUUGCCAGCAAUGCUGAAGGGGAGAUGGCGGUGCAAGCAGAGGUGCAGGCGCAGGAGCGGGUCGGCAAGGUUCUUAAGGCGAUUGAGGUGGAAAAAUUCAUUGCAGGGGCUCCUUUAGAAGAAUCCAUACGAUUGAAUCAGGAGCUCCCAAUCGGGUCUGCGAGCAAAUCUAGCCAAAAUCCUGCGACAGAUAUCAAAGCGCCGCAGAAUGUUGAACAAUAGCUGGUCACUCUCCUGCAAGAGGUGCGGUUGCAGUAAAUAGAUGGUACAUAGAGUGACUUAACUACUGGUACCACUGUCAUUAUUACUGCCAUCUCGCUGUACUACUUCACUACAGCGAGCUGGCCAAGCCAUGGACACAUUGAAAACACUGAAGCAAUUGCAAUGCAUACCAGAACAAGGGAGGGCUGCGGUGCCAUCCUUGCACCAGGUCGGCCAAGCAGCCAUGAGCAAUAGUGGCGUACCGCUGGUGUCAGGGCAGUUGUCCAAUUGACAACAUGCAAUGAUUGCAAAUUUGGUUAUAACUUGCCAACUUCCAGCGGUAGCACCAGCUCGAGCUUUUGAGUAGUGAAAUUGAAAAAGGUGGCGGCGUCGCAGACGAUUCCAUUUAGUGUUUUCUUGUUCACCGCUUGCAAAUUCUUGCCACAUUAUUGAAUUGGGCCACAUUAUGUAACAUUCCGGCGGCUUGCCCGGCGGGCCGCAUCC